AUGAAAUUGUUUGACAGGGAGAGAGGGGUGGAGGGGGCGGUGGAGGGAAGCGACUGAUUCCAGCAAGAAUCUAAAUUUAAGUUACUUGUUAGGCUGUCGUAAUUGUUGUGUGGUCUGUAGUGUAGUAAAGAGACGUGUGUGCGACGAACCGUCUCGGCAAGCGCAGCAACAGGGCACAGAGCAGGAUGCGACGGGCUGUAAGAGACCAGUGAACAGAGGGAAGCAAUGCUGGCAAUGUACACCGCAACGCGGAAAAUAUUAAAGAGAAUACUAGCGGCUAGGGGAGUCUGAAUCUUCGCUAAACAAAAAAAUGUACAUAAUGUAGCAGCGUUCCAGUAUUCGUUCAAUUCAGCUAUCGGUAUAGAAGAGUAUAUAUGGCGAGUUUACUCGCAAGUUAAAUGCAAAGUUGCAGUCACAAUCUCCCUUUCCGACUGAAACAAAAGGAACAGCAGUUCGCCUGCUAGCGUCUUCAUACCAAAGAAGACCGAAGAAGCAAAACUGCGAUAUGAUACGAAGGAGACUUAACCGUUUGCUUGGCCGGGACGAGAGACGGGUGGACAGCAGGACCGUCUACGUGGGACACCGGCCCUGUCCCUCCACGGAGGUCUUCAUCCCGCCAAAAUUUUGCGACAACAGGAUUGUGUCUUCCAAGUAUACCAUUUGGAACUUUCUGCCAAAGAACCUGUUUGAGCAGUUCAGAAGGAUCGCCAAUUUCUACUUCCUGAUCAUAUUCCUGGUGCAGGUGAUAGUGGACACCCCCACCAGUCCUGUCACCAGCGGAUUGCCCUUGUUUUUUGUUAUCACGGUGACUGCAAUCAAACAGGGCUACGAGGACUGGCUGAGGCACAAGGCGGACAACGAGGUGAAUAAGUACCUGGUGACGGUGCUGGAGGACGGGCAGAGGUCGCGCAAGGAGAGCGAGAAGAUCAAGGUGGGCGAUGUGCUGGAGGUGGUGGAGGACGAGACCUUCCCCUGCGACCUGAUCCUGCUGCGGUCCAGCCGCGAUGAUGACACCUGCUUCGUCACCACGGCCAGCCUGGACGGGGAGUCCAAUCACAAGACACACUACACAGUGCCCGACACUGAGAGGGAUCUGGACUCGCUCAAUGCCACCAUUGAGUGUGAGCAACCCCAGCCCGACCUCUACAAGUUCGUGGGGCGCAUGCACGUAAACAGGAGCGACGGGGACCCCGCCGUGCGGUCCCUGGGCCCAGAGAAUUUGCUUCUGAAAGGGGCCACUUUGAAAAACACAAAGAAGAUCUACGGCGUGGCGGUUUACACCGGCAUGGAGACCAAGAUGGCGCUCAACUACCAGGGGAAGUCCCAGAAGCGCUCGGCUGUGGAAAAGUCGAUCAACGCCUUCCUCCUGGUGUACCUGAGCAUUCUGCUGAGCAAGGCGCUGGUGUGCACCACGCUCAAGUACUGGUGGCAGGGCCGGCCGGGCCAGGACGAGCCCUGGUACAACCACAAGACCCAGAAGGAGAAGGACACUAACCAGUACCUGAAGAUGUUCACCGACUUCCUCUCCUUCAUGGUGCUCUUCAACUUCAUCAUCCCCGUCUCCAUGUACGUUACCGUGGAGAUGCAGAAGUUCCUGGGCUCCUUCUUCAUCGCCUGGGACAAGGACUUCUACGAUCCCGAGAUCCAGGAGGGGGCGCUGGUCAACACCUCUGACCUCAACGAGGAGCUUGGGCAGGUGGAGUAUGUGUUCACGGAUAAGACGGGCACCCUCACGCAGAACAACAUGGAGUUCAUCGAGUGCUGCAUCGACGGCUUCCAGUACAAGUCCCAGGGCCCCCAGUCCGAGGUGGACGGGCUCUGUGUUCCCGACGGGCCCAUCAGCAAACUGCAGCAGAAGGCUGGCAGGGAGAAGGAGGAGCUGUUCCUGCGGGCUCUGUGCCUGUGUCACACGGUGCAGGUGAAGGAGGCGGGGCAGGGGGAGGACGGCCGGGACCAGGGGGACCAGGUGGACGGGCUGGACCAGGGGGACCAGGGGGACCAGGUGGAGGCUGGCGCGGAACGGCGGCGCGGCAGCGCUGCGGCUCAUCGCUGUCGCCCGGACGAGGUGGCCCUGGUCAAGGGGGCCAUGAAGUAUGGCUUCACUUUCCUGGGGCUGGAGUGCAAACAGAUGAAAAUCCUGAACCGGAAUAACGAUGUGGAAUCGUAUGAGCUGCUUCACGUGUUGAACUUUGACCCCGUGCGGAGACGGAUGAGCGUGAUCGUGAAGUCAAAGACGGGGGAAACGCUGCUGUUCUGCAAGGGCGCCGACUCCUCCAUCUUCCCCCGCGUGAAGCCGGAGGAGGUGGACAGGAUACGCAUGCACGUGGAACGCAACGCGACGGAGGGCUACCGCACGCUGUGCGUGGCCUAUAAGGAGAUGAGCGUGGAGGAGUUCGCUCAGGCCGACGCUGGGCUCAGGGACGCUCGCCUGGCCCUGCAGGACCGGGAGGAGAGGCUCAUGGCCGUCUACAACCAGGUGGAGACCGGCCUGAGCCUGAUAGGAGCCACGGCCGUGGAGGACAGACUGCAGGAGGAGGCGGCCGAGACCAUGGAGGCGCUGCAGGGAGCGGGCAUGAAAGUGUGGGUGCUGACGGGGGACAAGAUGGAGACGGCCAAGUCCACGUGCUACGCCUGCCGGCUGUUCCAGCGGGGCACGGAGCUGCUGGAGCUGACGGUGCGCACCCUGGAGGAGGGAGGCCAAAGGCGCGAGGAGCGUCUGCAGGAGCUCCUGCUGGACUACCACAAGAGGACGGUGCAGGACGCCCCGCCCGCCAAGGCCGGGGUCACCAGGAGGUGGUCGGCGGCGACGCAGGAGUACGGCUUCAUCGUGGACGGCGCGGCGCUGUCCCUGGUGAUGAACGACGCUAGCGCCCGGCGCUACAAGAACCUGUUCCUGCAGAUCAGCCAGAGCUGCUCGGCCGUGCUCUGCUGCCGCAUGGCCCCCCUGCAGAAGGCCCAGAUUGUGAAGAUGGUGAAGAACUCCAAAGGGAACCCCAUCACGCUUUCCAUUGGAGACGGAGCCAAUGACGUCAGCAUGAUCCUGGAGGCGCACGUGGGGAUAGGUAUAAAGGGGAAAGAGGGGCGGCAGGCAGUGCGGAACAGCGACUACGCCAUCCCGAAACUCAAGCACCUGAAGAAGCUGUUGCUGGCCCACGGGCACCUGUACUACGUGCGCAUCGCCCACCUGGUGCAGUACUUCUUCUACAAGAAUCUUUGCUUCAUUUUACCUCAGUUCUUGUUCCAGUUUUUCUGUGGAUAUUCACAGCAGCCCUUGUACGAUGCAGCCUAUCUGACGAUGUACAACAUCUGCUUCACCUCUAUGCCCAUCCUGGCCUACAGCCUCCUGGAGCAGCACAUCAGCAUGGAGAUCCUGCUGGACGACGCCGGCCUGUACAGGGUGAUAGGGAAGAACGCGAUGCUGCGUUGGGGUCCCUUCCUGUACUGGUCGUUGCUGGGCUUGUUCCACGGUCUGGUCUUCUUCUUCGGAGUGCACUACCUUUUCGGAAACCCCGCACUACAGGACAACGGCCAGGUGUUUGGAAACUGGUCGUUUGGGACCAUAGUUUUUACAGUCCUCGUCUUCACUGUCACCCUUAAGCUGGCUCUGGACACGCGGCACUGGACGUGGAUCAACCACUUUGUCAUCUGGGGCUCCCUGGCCUUCUACGUCUUCUUCAGCUUCUUCUGGGGCGGCAUCAUAUGGCCCUUCCUGAAGCAUCAGCGGCUGUACUUCGUCUUCGCUAACAUGCUGAGCUCGGUGUCGGCCUGGCUGGUCAUCAUCCUGCUCAUCCUGCUGAGUCUGCUCCCCGACAUCCUGUUCGCCGUGCUCCGCCGCCCCCGCGGCCCCCACCCCCGCCAGAUUGCUGAUGUCACGCCGCUGUCGUACAAGAACUUGAACGAGCGGGGGCAAAGGGACUGGAACGAGUGGCUGACAGGACCCCUCGCCUAGGACCCGCCCAUCUUCUGCGCCAGCUGUCUGGGCUGCUGCCUGAUUUUUAAAAAAAAAGAAAAAAAAAAAGAGAGAGGAUAAAAAUGAAAUAAAGAAUAAAGCAGUAGGCCCGGCCUCUGACGCGUGUGCACUCUACCGCAGCUCAACACCGUCCUGCAUGCCUGCGACCUCCGGACCAAUCAGCUCGCACUGCAUUAACUGUUCCUCAGUCUCGCUCUCCCACAGAGGGGGUGGCUUUCCGGGUUUUUCUCUCACUUUCCUUUUUUUUCCGUCAGUGCAGCGGAAGUUGGCGGCCCCCCACCCCCACCCUCACCCCUCAGGCUCAUUCGACCUCACAUCCACCCUCCUUCCUGCUGUCCCAGAAUGCCGCACCUGCAUGAAUGGACACGCCUGCCAAGGCCACGUGCCACGGUCGCCGUGGGAACAGUCUGGUGGGGAGGGGGGAGUAAGACCUUGUGUCCUCAUGAACUUUUUAAAGAAUUUGUUACAGUGUCAUAGACUUGGGUCCAACAUGUAUUGAAAAUACUUUAAGGUGCCAUUAAAAUUGCUAAAUGCUCCUGCAGAUCCCUGAGAACUUUCAGUGGAACGUUACCAACCAAAAUGUGCAUCACAUGAAUGAAGAAUUUAUUUUUUCUAAUCUUUUCAGUAGUCUGCAGGGGUUUCAAAUGACUAAAACAAAGUAUUUCAAAUAUUUAUUUGACCCAGGUCUAAUUUCAUGUUUGUGAAACAAUCAGCUGGGCUCAAAUGGCAAAUAUAUAUUUUUUAUUGAAAGUAGUAUUGAAAUGUUACAGUGGGCCAAGGACAGAACUCCAGUCCACAAGAUUCAAAAUUUGCUUUGUCAUUCUUUGUCGUAAACUUAAACUUAAAAGAUGAGAGCUGUACUACACAGUACUGGGAGAUGACCAUAGAUGUAUCCUUUCAACACGCACAGCUGGCUUUAUUCUUCCCAUAAAACCGUUUGGAAUUCUGGGAUGUUGGGGGACCGGUACUUGAGAGAUCAGUGCUUGGACGGUACGUGAUAAUUCCGCUGCUCCUCCCACUGGAAAAGGUGCAUGUGAGUGUAGGUGUGCGUAAGGGAUCUGGAGGUAAGUUUGCCUCCUGGUCAGUGCUUUAAAUGUGUCCUGGUCUGGCCUUUUAUCAUCUUACCACCAUCUCCCAGUCUCUGUAGCCAACCAGUGAAGAUACAGUCAGCAUAGUUUCUAGAAUGUUCAGAGGGAAAAUGCAUGUAUGUGUACAUAUGUGCCGGAUGCCAAAAAUCUCCUUUAUCCUUCAGAGAGGAGCUGUGUGGUAAACUUGCCAUUCCUUGUAUAUUUGUGUUUUUGUUUGAACUCUUCUCCAGUGUGCCCAUUUUGCUUAAUUUCCUGUGACUCUGUGGUCCUGCUGUUCAUCUUUGGACAGGCGUUUGUCUGACAGGUUCCUAUGCGCAUACGUGUACAUGGACACACACACACACACACGCGUGUGCUUUAGGACAUAUGGAAGGUGAUUAAUAAGGUCCCAUUUUGCGGGGCCUUGAGGGCACAUUUGUGUGCCCCUUUCUGAGGUAACCGUGCCAACCACAGUCUACCUACCAGUGAGGGGGGGAGGGGGGAGGUUCGUUCCACUGUGAACUCACAACCCCCUCCCCACACCACCCCAGGGUUGCUCUGCACUUUCAUGCCUUUGGCUAAAAGCCACUCAUCUGGGGUUGGGGGGGGGUUGGAUUCCUUUAAUGUCCAUAAUUGAUGUCUAUAGUUCAUUCUUCACACAUUCCAUUUAUAAAUUGCCAUUACUUUAAUCACUUUUUAAAAUACUACGGAACGAUUUUCAUUCUUGUUUGUUUGUGCGUAUGUGAUUCUAUAUGAUAUAUUUAUUGCAAUGUGUGAUUUUACUUGCAAAAUUGUUAUAUUUUUAUUGCCAUGAUUUUUUUAAAUGAAUGGGAAUGACUAAUCAGAUUGCAUCGGUUGAGGUCUACCUGAGCCAUCCCGUUUGAGCAGUCCUGAGAGAGAGAGCAGCAGUUUAUAGAGAUCAGACUCUCCUGCUCUCCACCAGUGCUGAUCCCUGACCAGGGUCCAAGGCUAAAAGAGGCUCACCCACCGAUCUGACUGGCUGCUUAUGACUGAUCUGGGAUCAGCAGUGACGGAGAGGGUGCCACUGAACUGUAUUCAAAAUUGGAGGAGGUAGUCUUUCUCCUUUUAUGCUGGGUCUUACAGUUAAUUUUGCAUUCUUCACACACAUCUCGUUAGCUUAUGAUCUAUUCAGGCUGAUUUCACCUUUGUAUUUAUUAUUUCUGUUCUGCAGUUAUGAGCAGAAUAACGAGUUGUGAUUUAUUUGUAUUUCAGACGAUAAGUAGGAGGCCUCAUCGAGGAGGGACACGAUUGGGGCCCGUUCCAUUUCAGUUCAGGAAAUAAAUAAAAAUGUGUUUACAUUAACUGAAAAAGGCCCAUAAUCUUCUUUGGGUAUUUUUCAAUGUACGCGAUUAGAAUUUCAGUUGAAUUUCCUCAGUUUACUGAACUGAAAUGGAAUUGACUGCAUCCCUUUUUGAAAGACUGUAGUUUGUAUGCAGUUUAGGGGUACAGUAGAGUGACCGUGUUCUGAUUCCGAGCCUCUCCUUAGCUCCGCCCAAAGCGUAUGUCUCUCCACCUCUCCUGAAUGUGGUGUCAUUCACCUGAGACCAGAACGAUUAUCCACAACCAAAAACAAGUUUUUCCAAACAAAUUUUUUCCUUUUGUUUUUCUUAAAGGCCUGUUUGCCUGCUAAAGAAUUGACUCCCAAGUGUUGCCUUGGAGUUUGGUGAUUGAGUAGUUAAGUGUGUCCCUGCUAGUGUGUGUCCUUUAUGUUUACAAGCUUCGUCCAAUCAGAGACUGUCAUCCCUGUGCUUGAGACAAUUCCGGAGACUGAGAUGGGGGGAACCCCUUGGUCAUGUGACUUGGUUUUAAAGGGGUUAACUGCAGGGAUGGGGGGUUGCCUGUGAUUAUUAAAAUACAAACAAACCUUUAAUUGACAUCUGAGACGCUGUCUUCAGAGCUUUGGAUUUCUCAGAUUCUAAUGUUUGCCUGACUACUGAAAAAAAGGAUGUGAUUACAUUGUUCAUAUGUGAUACCAUUUUCUAAUGCAAAGUUUUUUCCAGAAAUUUUUUCUAAGAAAUAAGAAAAUGUCCCAAAAAAAAUAAAAAAAAUAAACGCAAAACAAAAGUGAAAAAAGUCUGUAUGCUCUGAACGGGGAGUGGGUGCUGUGCCGGGCAGUGAAGACUGCCACAAGGUGGCGCUGCACUCACGGAAAGACACGCUCAGCAAUCUCCUGCAGCCUUGGAACUCUGAACCUCUUAUCUGAAUGUACCUCUCUAAGUCCAAUCAAUCAGAAAAAAACCUUUCUGUAAUAAAAGAAACCAUUAAAAUA